GACUGCUCGGAUUAUCUCCUAAAAUCGCUGGCUGUUGAGGGCUAUCAUCACUUUCCAUCCCGCCUGACCAGAAAGAACCACGGGAGGCUCGAUUGGAUAACCCAUAGAUUGCCAGAGGUAUAAAACAAACAGUGACGACGCCCUCUUUGCAACGGGGCAGGCAGCAGUAUCUCCCCGACUGGUUCUCCUUCCCAGAGCACACGGAGCGUAAAUUCUCCGAGCGGGUCAACAGAAUGACUGCGACAUGGCUUGUCGCGUUGCUGGUCGUGUGCUUAUCACACCGUGCCACAUGCUUCAACGGUCUCCCCUCUUCAUGCGCUGACAUCUUGUCACAGGGCUCUUCGGACAGCGGCGAUUAUGACAUUGACGCGGGAAAUGGACAGAUGACCGUGUACUGUGACAUGUCAGGAGAUGAACCGAUCAGCAUCGUCCACCAUGAUCACGAAUACGCUGACCGGGAAGAUCGCAAGGUCGACAACUGCGAGGAGCCCGGGAGCUUCUCCGCUGAGAUCACCUACACGGUCAGCCUGGAGAAAGUUGUCGCCUUGGCCGACAUCUCCGAGUACUGUGAACAGUACAUCAGUUACAUUAGUCAUGGUAGCGUGCUGACAUGGUUUCAAGAAAACCUGCCGUACGGCUGGUGGGAGAACAGAUUUCAUAAGAAGAUGAAGAACUGGGGCGGCGCCGCAACAGGAACCAUUGGCUGUGGAUGCAGCGUCAGCCCUCAAGGCUGCAAGGAAGGAAGACAGUGCAAUGCUGACUGGAACAUCCACCAAGACAUUGAGGACUCCGGCUUCCUGAGGGACAAGCUUUCCUUGCCCGUCACCCGUCUGCGCUUUGGGGACACCGGCACAUUGGAUGAUGAUGAAUAUGGCUUCUAUGAGCUGGGGCCCCUUAGAUGUAAAGGAGGCCCUACGACAAAAGAAAAAGAAAUCCCCAUCAUUAAGACCAACACUGACUACCAUUACCGUUACGACCUGCGCCCCUUGGAGUCCGGCGAAUGCCGCGUGGAGUUUGAGGUUGCUGCCAACAAUGACGUCUUCCUGGGCUUCUCUGAGACCAAGGACGAGCAGAGUGACUUGAUCGAACUCAACAUUGCCGGCUGGGGGAACAGCCGGACCGUCUUCCGGGAAUGCAAGCAGUGCAAACCUCAAGCCAACUGGAGGGAAAAAGGCUUAGUCAGCAAGAAUGAAAUGAGAGGAUUCUGGGUGGAGUGGUGCGAUGGUUGUUUCCGUCUUGGGCGUGCUGGAGAAAAACAGUCACUCACCUGGUGUCCCCCUAGAAUUAAAGACUGGAGAUAUGUGGCCUUCACCACCGGUUACGGCAGUACUGGAAAGUUUAAAUUCAGCAGCUUUUAUGCCAAAGUUCAGCACACCUGCGAGAUGGAGUCUACCCACAUCAACUGUGGCAGCAAGCACAUAAACAUCAUCGACGCCAACUACGGGCGGACCAGCAGGGACAUCUGCGUCAGUGAUUACAUGAAGUCCACCCAGUGCCGCUCGACCAAGUCCCGCAGUGUCGUGGGCAACCUCUGCCACGGGGAGCACGAGUGCCACUUGGCGGUGAAUAACGGGGCCUUUGGCGAUCCCUGCUCGAGCACCUCCAAGUACCUGAAGGUGAUAUACCAGUGUCUACCGGAACGGGUCGAGAAGUACUUCCUUCCGGAGGUCUGCCUCGAUCACCAGUGCAACCCCCGGGGUGGGGAGUGCAUCCCCAUCAGCGGCUCCGAGUACCGUUGUGCCUGUAGGGCUGGUUUCCACGGCACACAUUGUGAAAAGGAGUUUGCCCUGUGCAGGGCCUGGGGGGAUCCACAUUACACCCAGUUCAGUGGCCGAUCUUUCAACUACCAAGGCAAGUGCAAAUACAUCCUGGCCAAGCCUUGCGUCGAGGAUGGGGAGAGGACGUUCAAGAUCGUUGGUGUCAACGUGGCGCCAGACUGGAACAAUAGAGUUUCCUACAAUCGACAGUUGGAGGUCAUGAUUGGCAAAACGGAGCUCUUCCUCCUGCAAAACAAUCAAGUCCUCAUCGACAACAACAUCAACAACUUGCCCUGCUCAGUAGGUGACGACAUCACAAUCGACUUAGACGGGAAAUAUGUGGUUGUAAACAGCGAAAGCUACGGAAUGAAGAUCAUGUGGGACGGCAGGGAGACCUUCAAGCUCUUCGUAGACAAGGACAUGUACAGCGAGAACAUGUGUGGACUGUGCGGCAGCCUUAAACCUCACAAGGACGGCAUCUUCAUCAUGAAGAGCGGCUCAGAGACAAAAGACAUUAUCGCCUUCGGAGACUCGUGGACUGCCAAUCCAUUCGAAUGCCCCAGCUGCGAUAAUUGCGUUGAUCUAGACUACUGCAAUGAAGAUGAGAAACUGAUGCAGAGAGUCGAGGCAGCAUGCGAGCCUAUCAGGAAUGCUAAAGGUGUGUUCGCCGUGGGCCACAGACAGUUUGACCCGGCCGAGAUGUACAGGACCUGCAUCUAUGACCUGUGCUCCCGCAAGGACUUCGACGACAAGCUGCGCUGCAACAUGAUGACGGAGUACGCCAACCGCAUCCUGGUGGAGAACCGGCUGAGGUACCUCCAGGAAGGCAACGCCAUUAUCAGCUGGCGUGAAGUGCUCGACUGCCCGUUUGACUGUCCCCAGGGAUCCACGUAUACCAUCUGUGCUAGUGCCUGCCAGCCGACCUGCUUCCAACCCAUGGCCCCUGCCAUGUGCCAGCUGAGCUGCGUGGAGGGUUGUGACCUCCCCGCCGGAUACGUCAUGGAGAACGGCAAGCCCGUCCCUGAGAACAAAUGCGGCUGUCGCUACGGUGAUAAGUACUACAACCGCGACCAGUCCUGGUUGAACCAUGACUGCACCUUGUCCUGCACCUGUGAGUCCGGGGGCCAGGCUGUCUGCACUGCGGUGAGCUGCAGCGAGCACGCCUCUUGCUGCUCCCGCAACCAGGUCCACGGCUGCCACUGUGAUGCCAAUUACGUGGGUGUCGGCACCAGCAGGUGCCAAUUGAUCUGUCCGUCCAGCAUGGGCAAUGAAAUCAAGCUGCGAGAACACAAGGAUGAGGGCCACCACGCCAUCAUUGACUUGAGCCAGCGCGUGGCCUGCGAGGGCUACAUCCGCUCCUUCACCAUCAAGCGACACGCCGACUCCAUUGAGCCCGUCACGCUCAUCGUCUGGCGUCGGACGGAGGAAAAGAGCAAGUUCGUCAUUGUGGGCAGCGCCCGGCUCUCCAUCGCUGACGACAGCAUGGACCUCUGCACCUGCGCCAACUCCAAGAUCCCCGUCCGCGUUGGGGAUUACAUUGGCUUCAUGUCGGCCGGUGGCACCGUGUACUACGAUGACGUGACCGACGAGGCUGGGGGACAAAUUCUGUCAGCGCCGUACUUCGACUCGAUCGAGCCCCUGACCGAGGUCCAGUUUCAGCCUAUGCAAGGCUCGAGGGCAUAUUCCAUCAACGUGUUUCUGGAAUCAUCUGAAGGCCAUCGUGUCGAAGCAUUCAUGUUCAGCAGCUACCUGGGCGUGCAGUCACGGGAGAUCUCAGAUAGCGCUAUGACGGCUUCGUCCUCCCUGGGCAGCUAUGAGGCCCACCGGGGCCGCCUGGACAACACCGAGUACGGCGCCUGCUCCUGGACGGCUGGCUCUUAUGACACCGACCAGUGGCUGCAGGUGGACCUGGGCCAGAACACGCUGGUCAUCGGGGUGGUUACCCAGGGUCACUGCGGCAUCGUGGACCAGGACCGCUCCCCCGUGGGCUGUGUCAAACAGUUCAACGUCCAGUACAGCCAUGAUGGGCAAAACUUUGAGUACGCGACGGAUGACAAUGGCAAGGCUGAUGUCUUCGAGAGCAACUGCAGGUGUCAGAAGCACAUCAAGAAUUUCUUCCGGGAUGCCCUGAUGACAAGAUUCAUUCGAUUCCGACCGUUGCUCUGGAAACGGGCAAUCAGCAUGCGAGUGGAUGUCAUCGGACGAGAUGUUGAAGUCGACGAACCUGACGUGGGGGGAACUGACACUCCCGAGGAGGCAGAGGAAGAGGACAUCGCUGUGGUGUUCACUGGCAAACCUUUCACCCGCUGUGGCUACCUGAAGGGGCUGCAGUACCGCCCCUUCAAUGGGGAGUCCUUCAUGAUGGCUGUCCUGCGCAAGACCGACCCCGACAACCCUGACGCCGACAAAACCUUCAAGCUCAUUGGAAGUGCCUAUGUGACUACGACCGGCAAUGACAGGUUGCAGCGCUUUGAGGUCGCAGGAGAAAACGAGCGCAUCCCCGUCCGCAGGGGCGACCUCCUGUGCCUGAUCUUCCAGAAGCUGGCCAUUGGCUACUCCCCGGGCGACAAACCCGCCGCAGAUGUUCUGACCACCUCCCUAGGGCUGGAUGAGUACAGGGCCAUCAUGCUGAACAGUGAAAUCACCUUCACCAAUUCGUUAAGGAGGCGGUACAACGGGGUCAAGCCGAUCAUUCAAGUUGCCACAACCAUGACCAUUCCACCAGUGAUGUCGAUGGUCGGCCUUGGCGUGGAGGAUGGACAGAUCAAGGAUGACCAGGUCACUGCCUCCAGCUUCUGCGACUCCCACAGCAAGGCGGUCCGGGCCCGUCUGGGUCUGAAAGACCAACAGGGUAUGACCGGCGGGUGGUGUGCUCGGGAAGUGGACCAGAGUGCCUACCUCCAGAUUAACUUCAACAAGAAGCGGAAGUGCGGUGGGGUAGUGACCCAGGGCCUCAGCAGCACCACGCGGCUAUGGUAUGUGCAGAAGUACGUGGUCAGAUGCAGCGUCGACCUGGUGACCUGGCAGGACAUCACAGACAAGGCUGGCGACACCGUGAUGUUCAGCGGCAAUUACGACCAGGAGACUGAGGUCUCCAACUACUUUGCCACUAUAUGGAUGUGCAAGGCGAUCCGCGUUGUGCCCAUGAUAUGGAUGGGCGACUUCCCUGCCAUGAGACUUGAUGUCUUGGGCUUACCAGAUGUGUCCAACGUGGAGCAGGAAAUAGGCUUCACCUGCAUCCACCGCCAGUACCAGGGGUCAGGCGGCUUCACCUUUGUCAUGCCAGACAAGAAGUUCCCCUCAGAUGGCUUUGUGACCGGCAUCCGCUUCAUGGCCGUCCGGCGAGGCUCUCUCCGAGUGAUCAUCUUCCGACCGAUCGACCAGGAGGCCAAGAAAUACAAGAUCGUAGGGCGCAGAUACAUCAAGAUCAAGAAGGCGGAUGUGGAAGUGGAAGUCAAGUUUAAACAGCACAAGAAGAGGAGAAAGCAAAAGAAGUGGAUCACCGUCAAGAAGGGCGACAUGCUCGGCCUGUCCUUCACCCGCUCGGUCCUGUACAAAGGCAUCGACAGCAAUGACGUCACCGACGUUGUCUACUCCAGGAACGUCCAGAUCUCCAACUUCCGCAAGCUGCGGUCUGGCCGGGCCAUCACGUUCAGUGCGGUGGCAAAGCGCAGCUACUCCAUUGUCGCCCUGUUCAAAGCCAAGGAACCAAGUUUAUGUGUGCCGCCAGUGGAUGCCCAGAACCCCCUGGGCUUGGAGAAUGGUCAGUUCCCAUCCGACAGCAUCACCACCUCCUCCGUCUAUGUCAGCAACCAGCCGGACCAGGAUUUUGGCCCCAACUCCUGCCGCCUCAACUUAGUGGGUAGCCACAACGGGGCCUGGGUGGCAGCCAAGGAUGACGACAAGCCCUGGAUCCAGGUGGACGCCGGUUCUGUGUCGGUCUUCACCGGCCUGGUCACCCAGGGCCGUCACGGCCUGCUUAACUGGUGGACCACCAAAUACCAAGUUGCCACCUCCCAUAACGAGGAAAAGUGGCAGGAUGUGCUGGACUGCAAUAAUCGCCAGACAUUUGAUGCCAACACUGACAGCGACACCGAAGUAACCAGAUUUUUUGGCUCUGCCUAUAACGGACAAUACCUGCGCAUCAACCUUCUGGAAUGGGUGGGCCGACCGGCUUUACGCUUUGAAGUUCUUGGAGAAUUUGAAACUGCUGUCACUGAGUACGGCCCGUCGUGCAUCGACAGAGAAUUCAUUGACAACCAGAACUACAUCCUGCUUGCGGCUGGAAUGUUGUUCCAGAGUAACGGUUACAUCACAGAGUGGAAUUUCUUCCCCAAGAAUGACCACGCCUUCAAGGCUGGUGUGUGGCGAGUAGACCCCGAAGACCCCACCCGCUACAUGCACGUGGGCAGCAGCGACAUCCCAGGCCAUACGCCCAAUGAGCUGGCUACCUACCGGCUGGACAGCCUUGCUCGUAUCCCGUUCAGGAAAGGCGAUGUCAUGGGCUGGUCAUUCAGCGAACCCGUCAUCUGCUAUGACGAAGGAGAGGAGAGCGUAGAGCUGCUGUACUCCGGCAACGGAGGCAACCUGGAACCCACCCCAGUCGGCCAGUACAGGAAAUUUGUCUCCAGUGGCAAGCAGGCGUACUCCAUCGGUGCCUCUGUGUCAAUUUCGAGUGUGGAGAGUGUGCCAGCAAUUGCUUGCCGGUACGGGCUGGGCAUGGACGACGACCUCAUUCCCGACCAGAGCAUCCAGACGUCCUCCGUCCUAGGACCGGAUUACGGUAACAGCCAAUCCCGACUCAACGCCGAGCCGACGGCCACAAUGAAGGGCUGCUGGGCACCUGCUCAGAAUAACAAAGACCAGUAUGUGCAGGUUGACUUGGGUAAGCCCACUGUGGUGACAGGGGUGAGCGUGCAAGGCUGCUCCGGAGAGGAGAGAUGGGUGACCAAGUUCCGGGUGGAGCUGAGUCUGGAUGAGCAGAACUGGAAGGAAGCCCAGAAUAUGCAAGACGGCAGGGUCUUCUAUGGCAACACUGAUUCCGACACGGUUGUCCAAGUCUUUUUCAAGCGCGAGUUCAAGGUGCAGUUCAUACGGAUAUUCAUUGAAGAGUGGAACAACAACAUUGGUCUUCGCUUUGAUGUGUUGGGCUGUCUGACCUCGUGCAAAGCGGAGUGGGGCGUCAACCCACUGGUCAGGAAGUGGGAGCACUCCCAGUGUGACAGGACCUUUGUCGUCAACACCCAGCACCCCCUAAAUUGCAACAGCUACAUCAAAGGAUGGAGGAUGGUCCCCAAGAACAAGGCGCCCGUCACCUUCUAUGUUCUGAAGCCCAUCGACACGGAGAAGGGCAAAUUUGGCGUGGUCGGCAAGACCUUUGUGCCGCGUCGCAAGAAGCUGAACAGGGGAGAAGUGUACGAGGUUCUGCUGGACAGAAAGGACUGGAUUGAGGUGCGCUCGGGCCACAUGAUUGGCUUCACCUCCAGGGGACGCAGCCCCAUCUUCCGUCACAAGAGGGCACACGACAGGGCCGUGCACCUGGUCACCCGCAACAAGCACAUCCGGGGCUGCAACCGGCUGGACGUCGGCGACAAGCUGCACAUGAAGCAUAACAAGAAGCGCUUGGCCUCGUACUCAUUCACCGCCAUCCUGACCCAGGAAGGUGUUGGAGAAGACAAGGGCACUGUGCCACCCAUCUCCUGUGCUGGAGGGAUCGGUAUGGAGAACAGGGCCAUCCCUGAUGAUUCCAUCACCGUCAGUAGCUCCACGGAUGUGCUCAACAACGGAGGGGCGGCGGCCCGCCUUAUGGGAGAUGCAGCAUGGAUCGCCGAAUCCUUGGAUCUCUUACCCUGCAUUCAGGUUGACUUUGGCUACCUGGCCAAGGUGACUGGCGUCACCACCCAGGGCGAUCCCAACAACCCGAACUGGGUGACAAGCUACGCGCUGGAGUACUCGGACUCUUUCAACUUCCUGACCAAGGAGCCCCAGAACUUCCAGUGGGUCAAGUUCAAAAACGCCAUCAAAGAUAGCUUUCCAGGUAACACCGACCAGAACACUGUCAAAUCUCACUUCUUCAAGGAAGAGAUCGAAGCCAAUGUAGUCCGCCUGUGGAUUGAGGACUUCCACAACCAAGCCGCCUUGAGAUUGGAGUUCCUGGGCUGCCCAGAUUCGGAUCCGUGCAAGCCCAACCCCUGUCAGAACGGCGCCCUCUGUCGCAAGUCCCAGGCCAGCCUGGGCUACACCUGCAGCUGCCCCAUGCAGUGGGGCGGCAAGAACUGUGAAAUCAGGACGCGGAAGUGUUGUGCCUACGGCGAUCCCCAUUACUGCAAUUUCGACGGGAAGAAGUUCAACUUCCAGGGCCACUGCAAAUACAUCCUGGCCCGGACCCUCACCACCAGCGCCCUGGACCACUUUGAGAUCUCUGCCGACAACAUCCAGAGCCCCCGUCGUAGGACGGUGUCCUCCACUCGGGAAGUCUACGUGAGAAUCGGCGAUCUGAACUUUGACUUCAAGAGGAAUCGCGAAGUCUUUGUGAACAACGAGCGUAUCUCCUGCCCCUAUGAGAGCGACGGUAUCACCGUCGUCGACGGCGGAAACAACCGUGUGGUUCUCAGAACCGAGUUUGGUCUGACUGUGAGCUGGGAUGGACGAAACAAAGUGGACAUCUUCCUGACAGAGGACUACAAGGAAGAGGUGGAGGGCCUGUGCGGCAACUUCAACGGCAAACAAGGAGACGAUUUCAUCAUCCGCUCAACCAAGGAGCAGACUAAGGACCUCAGAAAGUUUGGGGAGAGCUGGGGUGCUGAUCCGUCUUGCAAGGCCUGUGAGGACUGCCAAGAGACCGAUCAGUGUCGACUGUCGGGAAGGUUGAAUGAGGCUCAAGAGGCCUGCAAUAUCCUGAACAACCGCAAGGGACCGUUUGCCAUGUGCAUUGAAGGACUUGAUCCGCUUGAUUAUUACGAGAAUUGCCUGUACGACUACUGCGCCAUGUAUCCCAGCCAGGACAACCUGUGUGAGGACAUCCAGCGCUACGCCGACGAUUGCACAGAGAAGGGCUUGAAUCCGGGCAACUGGCGGUUGCCAGGCUUCUGCGAACUAAAGUGCCCCAUAAACAUGGUCUUCAGCCAGAUCGGCACGGCCUGCCCAGACACCUGCGGCAACCAGGAUGCGUCCAAGGACUGCACGGGACAGGCCGAGCCCAUGUGCGUCUGCAUGCCUGGCCUGUUCCUGGAGGGUGGCGACCGUUGUGUGGAAGACGCGCAGUGCGGCUGCACCUACGAAGGAAAGUACCGUGAGAUCAAUACGGAAUUCAUGUCGGAGGAGUGCAACCAGAAGUGUGCCUGUGACUCCGAACACAAUGUCGUGUGCGAGGAGAGUGGCUGCCAUGAACGCGCGGAGUGCAGAGUCGAAGAUGGUGUACGGGGCUGCUAUUGCAAUGAGGGGUGGACUGGAGAUGGCAUUAACUCCUGUGAAGAAAUUCUUGAACGGGUGGAAUUGGUCGUGUGCGAGAAUGAGUUGCUGGAGCUUGACUGCUCGGCACAGGGUGAGCGCAUCGAGAUCCUGGAGGUGGCGUACGGAACGCAGCCCCGGGAUGAGUGUGCUCAAACAGCCGACAACGCGGAUGUGAAAGAUUUCCGCUACGCCAAGACCAUCAUCCGCAACCGCUGCCAUAAUCAGGCCAGCUGCUCGGUCAGCGUCAGCAGCCUGGUGUUUGGCACCUUUGCCGGAGACACCCCUAAGGCCCUUUAUGUUGUCUACCAGUGCCGGGAGGAGGUGGCGGUUGGCAUCUGCCACCCGGACGUGGAGCUGAUCGCCUGCCAGGGCAGCAGCUUGGAGAUCCAGUGCGGCGACCUGAAAGCCGACAUCAUCCAUGCCGCUUUUGGCCGGCGGCAGGGUGACCACAACUGCCAGACGGAUGACAGCGUAGCACUAACCCAAGACUGCUUCGCGCCCUCUGCCCUGUUUAAAAUGGUGAAGGCAUGCCACCUUCAAAGUAUGUGCACCAUAGACGCCAUCCCUGAUACUUUUGGCAGUGACCCCUGCCCGAAUAUUGACAAAUAUCUGAGGAUUCACUACCGAUGCGAAGAGAGCCCUGAUCCCAGAGAGCUAGAGGAGAACAAGUGCGAUCCCAGUCCCUGCAUCCACGGCACCUGCGAGGCCAUCAGCAUCGAGCCCAAGUACAACUGCAAGUGUGACACUGGUUACACUGGACAGCACUGCGACAUUGGCGAGGCCACCUGCACGGCUCUCGGAGAUCCCCAUUACAUCACCUUUGACGGCUACAAGUACAGCUUCAUGGGUGCCUGCAAGUACACCCUGGUCAAGAACGCCGAUGCCGAAGUGCCCGACUUUGAAGUCAUUGUCUACAACGAGGCUGCCCGGCGCAAUCCGAGAAUGUCCUCCACGGUCCAAGUCGAGUUCCACUUCAAUGGUCGCGUCAUCAAUCUCAAGUACGGCGGCAAGACCCUCAUCGACAACAUGCAGUCUGAGGGUCUGGAUGAGCCUGGGUUGAAAGUCAGCGUGAACUACCCGGAUGUGGUGAUUGAGACUGAUGUUGGGAUAGUCAUUCGCUGGGACGGCAAAUUCAUGGUGGAAGUUGACGUCACCGGCGAGUACUACGGCCACACAGAGGGUCUCUGUGGCCCAUACGAUGGUGAUCCAUUCAACGAUUUCCUCACCCGCUUUGGAGAAACGCUGGACAACACCACGGCCAAUAUCGUGCCAUUUGCAAGGUCCUGGAACAUUCCUAAGAGCGGUUGCGAAGACUGCGAGGACUGCGAACUCCCAGAUCCCUGCGAUGAUGCUGGAGUCAAGGAUGCGGCGCAGGAGAUCUGUUUUGACAUUAUCAACGAAGAUGGCCCCUUCAUCGCCUGUCAUGAAAUGGUGUCACCGUCAUUCUACUACCAGAGCUGUGUGAUGGAUCGCUGCACCAUGCCAGAUGGCCUGGCUCACUGCGAUGAUUACCAGGCCUACGCUGAGGAGUGCCGGAAGUACAACAUCAUCAUUAGCUGGCGACGGCAAGACUUCUGCUUUAUUGACUGCCUGGCCAGGAAUAUGAUCUACAACCCCCUUAGCCCCGCCUGCCCAACCACCUGUGCCAACCCCCUGGCCAGCUCCACCUGUAACGAGGCUGACCGGGAGGACUGCGUCUGCCCGCCAGGAAUGAUGAAGGAAGGGGAAACCUGCAUCGACGAGGAGAAGUGCGGCUGCACGGACAAAGAGACCGGCUUCUACUACAAGCAAGGUGAAUCGUUCAUGUCCCCGGAUUGCAACAGAGUCUGUCAUUGCCCGACGGCCGACAACCUCAUAUGCACGCAGUACAAGUGUCCCCUUCACGAAGUCUGUGGCACCAGAGACAAUGCGCCGGCCUGCGAGUGCGAGGAGGGUUAUUUCCGCGACACCGAAUUGAACUCCUGUCAUGCCAUACCGAUCCCGCAGAUCCUGGUCAGAUCUCAGUUGCAGCUGGAGUGCUCCAACAUCGACUGCGGGGCAGGAUUCAUCGACAUCCUGGAAGCCAGCUUUGGUCCCCGCGUGGACGAGGUCUGCCUGGAGUCAGAUGCCCUGGACACCUGCCAGUCCCCCGUCACCCUGCCAGUCCUGCGCAACCUGUGCCAGGGCCGCGGCCAGUGCCAGCUGGACACGACCAGCAUCCAAGCCUUUGGCGAGCCCUGCUUUGGUGAACUGAACUACCUCUUCGUCCGCUUUGCCUGCACCCACAAGCCGAUGGCCCACGAGGUGGUCCCCAAGCCCUUCACCGUGCGAGUCUGUCAGGACCGCUCCCUGGCCCUGGCAUGCAGCCUUAACCAGGGGAUUGUCAUAGAUGAAGUCUUCUUUGGACGCCGCGCCGGCGAUGACUACUGCUUGGGCGAUGAGGGAGCACCAGCAGCAGACCAAUCGGAUUUGAGUGCACUUGAAAAAGCUCGCAACCAGUGCCGAUCUCUGCAGCCAUUCUGCUCUCUCAGAGGACCAGACUUUGGAGAUCCCAUCCAGGAAACUAAGGAAUACCUGGAAAUCACCUACAGGUGCAUCCAAACCAACUCCCAGCGAUAAGCUUGGCACAGCACCCUGGGCCUUGGACGACUCAAGAGAGGAGAUGCGAUUUGAACUCACAUGACAAAAACAUGGUUUGGGUUAAUUGUUUUAAAAUCAUAGUUGAUCCUAGUUUAAUUCAGUUAUUAACAUGAUUACAAAGUUCUGGUGAUUCCAAUGAAACUGAGCUCAUUUGCAGCUCACUUUUCUCGAAGUUCAAGCCCUCUGUUACACGUUCCUCCAAUUUUCACUUCCCUACACCCUGAUGACACUGUUCACACACCAUUCGGACCAUUUGGUCCAGUGAUAUUUCCGGGAGUCUAUUGACCUUCCUUACCCUGAGCCUAGAAAAGAAAAAUAAUACCUUCCCCCUCUUUAGUCAAUUUUAUUACCAUUUUUGUCAUUAGUUGAAGUUCAUGGUUCACUUUAGGGGCACCGUUAACAUAGAAGAGAAGGGCUUUAUUUAACAAUGCGAAUUAAUCAAUGAUUUUAACUUUUAAAUUGGUUGAAGGACACAGUUUUGUGUUGCUCAUAGUUUCAGGAAUUUUCGUUUUUUUUAAAACUUGGAUUCUCUUGGUGUUGCGUCAAACAAGAUCUUGAAAUGACCCACAAGCAUACACGUAAUUUCUGAUGUCAACACAGCAUGGUACAUUUGUUGGUAUUGGUUUUCCAAUGACAACCGUUCUCCACUGUUCAGUGGUAUUGUCACUUAAGUACAUGUAGCAACAGGUUGUUAUUUCUGUCAGUAAAAGUAACCUUGUUGUCAGCUUGUAGAAAUUAUACAUUGAGUUAUGAAAUUCAUUUUUUUUUUCCUGUUAGAAAAUUUGAAAGUUCUGUCAACAUCACGUCGGCACAAUCAGUUCUGCAUGCUCCAACACAGCACACCCUUGAUUUGUGCCUUAUUCAGAAUAUUUUUUAAUAUAUUUUUCUUAUUGUCUGGGUCAAAAGUGAAGUUUUGUUUUUCAAUUGGAUUACAUUUUGGUAACAUGCCAAAACUGUCUGUGCAAUGGAUAUGCUCGACAAAACGAUACUUGUUCUGGUUAUGCCAAUAACAGAAUUUCCUUUCUAGCAUUAAUGAAAUAACAAUUCUGAAUGUGGGUUUUAAUUUAGUAAGAGGGACAGGUUUUUGACUAUUUGGUUUGUUUGCUGUUUCUGUGGAAGCUAAUAAAAAAAAGCACGCAUUGA